GGCCAAAGACAAGGUGCGAAAAUGCCGGGACUCGUGGGCCGCUUCGCACGAACAGUGAUGGCUGGGCGGUGCGGCCGUUUCGUCAGAUGGUACGGCAGCGGUGGUGGUAGUGAUGAUAACGACGGCACUAGCAGCGGCGCAGAUGACGCUCAAGCCAGAGAACUGAUCGACAGACAGUUAAAACUGGCGCCGGCCGGCGGUCACCAGGUGCUAAUCGUCCAGCCGUACAUCAAAUGGGGAGUCAACAAGGACAGGAGCACGAGGCCGGAAGUCAAGGCGGACGAGAGCCGGUCGCUAGUGCGCACCUUGGCUGAAUGGUCUGUGACAGACACGUUAUUGGUAGGCCUCACAUCAUACCGGAAGCAUACGUUUUUUGGCCCUGGUAACGUGGACACGAUCGCUCUCAGGGUUGCCCGAGACCGCCGCAUCACAGCAGUGUUCGUCAGUGUCAACGUGCUGAAGCCGGGCCAACAUCAGCACCUGGAGCACCGUUUUGGUGUACCUGUCUACGACCGGUACCUGAUGGUGGUGCAGAUAUUCCGCAGACACGCCGUCACUAGGGAGGCCAAGCUGCAGGUUGCCCUGGCCGAGCUGCCAUACAUCUGGUCACGGAUACGCGGCGCACAGGACGGGUAUGCCGAGCGACUGGGCACAGAGGCGGGCCAGAUAGCCCUUAGCGGCAAGCUCAUGUAUGAUGAUAAGAAGGACUUGCUCAAGGCAUACGAGAAGAAGCUCAAGAAGUUGGUGGACAAGCUCAGGAACCACCGACAACACCUGCGCCACAAUAGGACCAACAAGGACUUACCUGUCGUUGCCGUGGUCGGAUACACCAACGCUGGCAAGACUUCGUUGGUCAGAGCUUUAACUGGUGAUGCAGGCCUAGUGCCUAAGGAUUGCCUAUUCGCUACACUCGAUGUAACUGUGCACGGGGGCGUGUUACCGUCCAACAUGACCGUAUUAUAUGUAGAUACCAUAGGUUUCAUAUCAGACAUACCGACUAGACUCAUCGAACCAUUUGUCGCUACGCUAGAGGAUGCCAUGUUCGCUGACGUUAUUGUCCACGUACGGGACAUGUCUCAUCCAAAUGUCAUUGUACAAAAAGCUCAUGUAGAGAAGACACUAAAAAGCUUAAGCAUCAACCCAGACUUAUUGAAUGGUGUGAUUGAUGUUGGCAACAAAGUUGAUCGUCUAGACAACGUAGAGCAUGAUGGAAGUUCAGUUCUGAUAUCUUGUACCACCGGAGAGGGUUUGGACGAGCUGAAGAAGAAAAUAGAAAGUCAAAUAAUCAAAGCUACUGGUAGACGAAUAAUUAAAAUUCGGGUCCGCACUGGUCGUGAUGAAUAUGAAUGGUUAAGAACACACACAGCCAUAGUCAGUAUUGAUACAGACGGCGAUUAUUCUGUGAUGGAGGUUAUUGUUACCCAAUCUGAUCUAGAUGUAUUUAAAAGUUUGUUUAUACGAAAGAAAAUAAACAAUUAGUUAUACUGUAGAAAAUGUUUUAAUUAAAUAUAAACAAAGUAUUGAUAUAUAA